AUCUCAAGCGGGAAAUCGGUGUCUGACACCUGCAAAGCCAUCGGCAUAUUUUCUGGUCCAAUGCACAGUUAACAGAGGCUUAGAUGAGAAAUAGAGAGAUGUUGAGGAGAUGCCUAUGCUGAACCCUUGUUGCAGAAGUUAUAUGUAGGGUAGCUGGAAGAAUCCCAACAGCCUAAACACAAUGGCUCCUCAAAGUAUUUCAGCCAAAGUUUGUGAGGUUUUGUACCAAUUGCCUACACGUAUUAUCUGCACAGUCAUAGUUAUCUUCCAGUGUGUUAUCCUGGAUUACUACCUUGUAACUCAUAAAGGAUAUGCAUGGUUGGCCUUCAUUGCAGCAGACUUGGCUGUUGUCUUUGUGUUUGUGGCAGCAUUUGUCAUAUCAUACAGACAUUUGUUGAUGUCUAGGGAGUCCUCCACUCAGAUGACAGAAGUACGCCCUGGGAGUCUUCCCCUUGGCUAUAUUGCUUGGGGUGUCUAUUCCUUGGCUCUGGUUGCCAGGAUUGUAGUCAUAUUUCGAACAUUUGUAUUUAAUCUGUCGGAGUCAGAGUUUUUUGGACCAAACUUGCUAAAGCUGUCCCUUUCACUGUCAUCGCCAAUUUUCCUCCUGCUUUUGAUGACACACAACAAUGCACCUAUCACUAGUCCUCGACGACAAUACAUCGAAGAAAUAACCGGCAGUGUACCUUUGGAUAUUUUGGACUCUGUGGAAAUCCUUGAUGUUCUUUUCACUAACCAGUCUAGGAUCCUGCUUCCCUUCAGCCUGGAGCAUGCCAUCUUGUCUGUGUCCUGCAUAAACCUUGUCCUUCCAGUGUUGCCAUUGCUCACUCUAAGUCGUACUCACUUUGGCUACAAGAAGCUGGCUGACGGUCUCCUGAUGGGUCACAGACUUCUUCAUAUGAUAGUUGUAAAUGUUCCCUACCUGGUCAUCCGACUGAUUAUUUGGCAUGGGGCAGAACAAAGCGUCUCCGUUCUUCUUACUAAAAACAUAAUCAUGAUAUUUCUUACCCUUCAUGACCUAUAUGCCUGGAAGCAAGAAAAGGAGUUGGAGAAAGAAGAAAAUGCUCGUAACUACGAAAUGGAGGAGAGGAACUCGAUCACAGAUAAUCAAGCUCUUUAAAGUAUCUGGGAUAAUGCCAUGUUGCCUCUAAACAUGUUUACCUCUUCAACCGUAACAUACUACUCUUGAAGGUGCUGUGGUGGUCUGUGUACAUGUUACCAGUACACAGACCAGUCACAGUAUCUUUGCUUGAAACCAGUGUCAAAUACCUGACAGGCCUGAAGUCUUUUUGUCACUCGUUUAAGAAAAUACUUUAACAUUAUACAUUUACCACCGUUUUUAACAAUCACUAAUGUGGCACUUUUCAAGUCGUCGUCUUGCUCUUCCUUAUGUCUAUGAAUAUCAGUGAAAGAUUAAAAUACAAAUUUUUAAUUCACAGCUUAUUGGUCUUCUCAGCUGAAGUUUGUGGCUUCAAAAGUCUUGCCAAUUUGUAUCUUUAUGCAUUAAAACAUAAAUUGUUUAAAGUGUUCCAUGAUUCAAUGUAUGUAUUCAUGUUAUCUUUCUUGUUGGCAGCUACACUAUGUGAAAUUUGUACUUAAUAGGCAACCAGAGCUUUGCCAAUUUUUUUUUUCUCUACAUACAUACAGAGAUGUCAUUCUUCCUGUGAAAACGUCUAAACUUCCAUUGGUGGUGAAAUUAGUCUGCAGCUUUAUAAAUGACUGAAUUAGCAUGUAGGUGUGUUGUUAUUAAUUAUUGAAUAUAGCCUUUGACAUGCAUAUAUGUGUACGAGAUAGCUGUUAGUAAUUACUGACAUACCAAAGAGAACAGUAUCAGUGCUUUGUGAACCAGUCAAUAAGCCAAAAGUCACCGUGUAUUAUAUCCAGUAAUUAUGUGUUGAUAGAUUUUUUUUUUAUUUUAUGUAAUACAUCCUUGUAUCUAUGGGAUCUUUGAGCAAUAU